GUCCCGACCAGGACCAGGCCGCUGACGAGACGGGCGUGCACGCAGACCUGGCCUUCGGCGCCGCUGGCGCUGCAGGGGGCGGUGUGCCGCCCUGCGGAUCAGCCGGCGUGGCAGCCGGCGUGGCGGCCGAUGCCUCCACGGCCGCCCCGCCGGGCUCUCUGGACUUCGGGCUGGAGCUGGUGUCCACGGCGCCGCCUGCUCUCUGGGAGGACGGGUCCAGGGAGCUGUCACAGGUACCGGGCAGGGAUUGUGCCGACGCGGCGCGCGACUACCACGGCGCCCUGGCGCUGCUCGGCUUCGAGGGCAGGCCCGAGGAGGACCAGGGCGCAUGGGCCGACGUGGCCCAUCAGGAGUCACGGGAACGGCUGGUGUUGGCAUGCUUCCUGAAUCUGGCGCAGUGCGAGCUGCGGCUGGAGCAGUUCGACGAGUCGGCCAAGCGCGCAUCGGCGGCGCUCGAGCUGGACCCGAGCAACUCCAAGGCGGUCUACCGUCGCGGGCUCGCGAGGCUCGGCGCUGGGCAAGCGGAGCUGGCCCUUGGGGAUCUGCUGGAGUCCGCGCGGCGGGCUCCCAGGAACGCGGAGAUCCGAGCCAAGCUCCAAGAGUGCCAGGGCAAGAUGCGCGCGACGGAGAUUUCCGCGAGGAGCCUGUUCGGGGGCCUGCUCGGCAGGGGAUCCAUCUACUUCGAGAGGGCGGCGGCCGCGGCCGGCCGGCGGCGGCCCGCCGGCGCCUCGGGCGACGAUGCCCUUGGCAAGGGCCCCGUCCAGGAACCACGCAGUGAGAAGAGCAUGGACAGGGACGACGAGGACAACGUCAUGGACGACGACGGCUACGACACGCCCGCGGACUCGGACGCGGAGGGCGAUGCCUCGAUUGACAAGCAGCGUUCAGCAGCUGAUGGCUUCUGCUCUGACGCUGAAACGGCCACCGGGGUCCCGGAGGGGGCCCCAGCAGCUGCUACCACCAUCGGCACGACCAGAAAAACGACGCGCAAGAGCCACCGCAAUCGCGGACCAUCCUCGGGCGGGAGGGGCAAAUCAUCGAUCGAGGACGCCACGGAGAACAACGACGAGGCUGAGGAUGAGGAAGACCCCGACUGGUCUCGCUUAGUAUUCGUGGUGAAUCAAGAGGCUGAGCAGUUGAUGGUCACGAACCCCGAGCAGCCAUUGGAGUGCGCCCUCCUGCGGGCGCUUUGGAACCACGAGAAAGAGUUCCCAAUGGAUCUCAUUAGUCGUUAUCAAUGUAUGGUGGCUGAGGGGCUGGCGCCGGCGGACGACGACCUCACUGAGGCCCAAUGGUGGUGCAAGUAUCAGCCAUCGGGCUGGGACUGGUAG